AUGCUGUUCCUUUCGCCUCUGGGGUGUCUGCCCUCCACCUCCAAGGCCACGCUCGGGUCCUCUUCUGUGCGGGCGUGCUGUGUACCUCCCCCGACUCGGCAUCAAGUUCGCAGACGGGUGAUCUCCGCGACCUCUACGAGGAGCCUACCCAGAGCGUCUGCUGCCAGCUGGUGCAAUUCAUCUAGAAACUUCAGCUCGUCCGCUUACAGAACCUCAGCGAUCUCGGAAGUCUCUUCCGCCAGCCCGCUCCCACCCUCCCUUCGCGCUCGCAUCGAAGCCUACCUCCAAGCUCAAAGGGGCAAGGCAUCAGAAGCAACUUUCCCCUCUGAUCAGCAAUCCUUCAUCGCGCGAGUCAUAGGCAUUCGCAAACACUCCAAAGUCACCUUUUUGAGCGUAACAGAUGGCUCGACAUCCUCUUCGACAUUACUCCAGGUAGUUCUGACGGCAGAAUCGUACGAUGCCGUGGAUCGGGAGUGGAAGGAGAAGGGUAGACCGCCAUUGGGAGUGGCUGAUACGGUGCUGCUCACGGGGACCUUUGCGGUUCGGAGUAGACAACAGGGCACUGUAACAACGUCUUCAGCAAUCGAAUUUAAGGUGGAACAGUGUACAGUGCUUGGAAGUAGUGAUCGCGAGUCAUCGCCGCUCUUACAAAAGCCGGGCAACGACGCCGCAUCAGUUAGCGGAAACAAUGCACAACGCCAACAACCCCACCUCCGAUCCCUCCUCCCAGGGCCUGCUGCGACAAUGCGAUUCCGAAGUCGUCUGGAAAUGGCCAUGGCGAGCUUCUUUGCACAGCACGACUUUAUUCGCACAACCCCGCCCAUCAUGACCGCCAGUGACUGUGAAGGCGCAGGAGAGGUGUUUCGUGUCGUAGACGGAAGCCACGAAACGACUGCUGCUACUGGGGACAAGGAGAAGCAGGAGUCGAGCCCAGCAUACCUCACAGUAUCCACGCAGCUGCACCUCGAGGCACUCAUGCUCGGUCUCUCAAGGGUGUACACCUUCACGCCUGCUUUUCGAGCAGAAGAUUCGGAUACCAACAGGCACUUGCGGGAGUUUUGGAUGUGCGAAGCAGAGCUGGCCACACGGGGGGAGAGUGCAAGUGAGGAGCUGGAGAUGCUUAUGACUUUUGUGGAAGACUUGAUCAAGUCGGCAGCAAGCACGGCUUUUGGUGACGCCUUUAGCGCCGUGGAGGCCGCGGAAGGGGGGGCUGAAGCAGUCUCGACGCCUUACUCUACCGAAAGCGAUGUCAGCCCUAAUGCUACGGCUACCCUGGACGCCCUAUAUCUCUGGGGCUUAGAGGCAGAGCGACGACGCUCCCCGACGACAGACGAAACCAAGCUCUCUCAGCAGGACCGGCGUCGCGCCCAGCUCUCUAGCUUCGGCACCUUCGCCUCAAACCUCUCCCCCACCACCCGCUGGCCACGCAUCACCUAUACCGACACCCUGAAACUUCUAGAACGCAAGCACGCCUCCAAGCACCCUUUUCUCCGCCCUCCACCAGUAUGGGGCGAAGGCUUAGGGUCGGAGCACGAGAAAUGGCUCUCAGAGGAGCACGUGGGCGGACCAGUCUUCGUGGUGGACUAUCCUGCCUCUAGUAAACCCUUCUAUAUGCGUCUUGCCAAGGAAGAAGAAAAGGAGGAGCAUCAAGGCAGAGAGAUCGUCAAGAAUUUCGACCUCCUCGUUCCACACAUUGGCGAACUCGUCGGUGGCUCACUUCGAGAAGACGACCCCUCUAUUCUCCUCUCCCGUCUAAAAUCUCUACAUCUCCUCCCUUCUAAUGCAACAGCAAUCCCCCAGGAGCAUCCCUUGUAUUGGUAUGUGGAGGAAUUGAGAAAGAAUGGAUUGGGUCCUCAUGGAGGAUUUGGAAUGGGAGUGGAGAGAUUGGUUGCUUGGAUGGCGGGGAGGGGGAGUGUUAGAGAGUGUAUUCCUUUUCCGAGAGUGGGGAGAAAGGUUAGAUUUUGA